CAGACAUGAAUUCUGAAUUUAUAGGGAAAAUUUUGCCUGUAAAUCAGGAAGGAUUCACGGGAGAGAAUGGCCAAUGGACCGUGCUUUGAUUUCUCUGUCGUCUUGUUCCAGUCGUGGCGUGUUCAUAUUGUUCAUCCUCUUCAAACAGUCUUGUCUUCGCCUCAUAAAAGUCGACAUCGCCAAUGGCGGCGGUAAUCAAGAGACGGUGGUACGAAGUAUUGCUAGCCGGGAUGAGGAACCAAGCAAAUCCAAACCCGAGCCCCCAAUUUAGGCAGCCGUCAACUCAAGAGCCUGAUUUCAGCCUCCACUAUCCUCUGGCUGUUCAUCUAAACACCAUUUUCUUACCUUUUACCGGACACAGUGUCGAGUUUUCUAGUGCUUCGCCUUCAACUUAUCAAACUCUAGAGUGGUGUUUCGCUCUGAUCCAAGGUUCCCAGCAUGGAUUCUCCAUCUUUCACUGCUCUACACGUCCCCAAGAGAGCCAAUCCCUCGCCAAAGGAAGAAGUAAACAGAGGACAAGAAGUUAAAGGAGAGACUCUCCCGCUCGCCGAGUACUUCCAAUUAGCUCAUCCAGCUUCUCUGACUCGUGGCCUUUCACUUGCUCGGGAUGCGUCUUUUCUAAAACCCGAACAAGGCCUACCCCUUGAGCUGCUGGAAGGAUCGCUUUUGUCCCAUGACGUCGAUGAUACCAACUACUUAAACUUUCCUACCUCCAAUAAUCAUGUAUCCGAAGUACGCAAGAAUGGCCCCGCGGCUGCAGUGCCCCAAUUAGCACCUUCUCCAGUGCAAACGGAUGGGCUGGAAGCCUAUCAGUACAAGACACUGGAGAAUCCGGAAACCAUCCGACUCAUUGUUCUCGCUCCUAAAGUAUACUCGGAUGAGAUUCGUUGCACGCUGAAGCACGUCUCCUUGUCAGACCGCCCCGUCUUCGAGGCCCUCUCCUAUGCGUGGGGGGACUCCACUAAGCCAAGAAUGCUUAUCUGCGAAGGAAAGGCCAUACAGAUUACGGAAAGUCUUUUCAGUGCUCUCAAUCAUCUCCGGCGCGAUCUCGAGACACGAACAAUUUGGGUUGACGCGGUUUGUAUUGACCAAGAAUCACAUUCGGACAAAAAUCACCAACUGGCUUUAAUGAGAAGGAUAUAUUCCGAGGCCGAGCAGACGAUCGCUUGGAUAGGAGAAGAUAAUUGCAACAAGGCGGACAUAGCAUUCGAUUACAUUACCGAACUCUACUCCUACAUAGAUCCCGACGAUCAGAGCUGGAUGCCGCUUUGGAGAAGGUUACAAUUUACUUCCCCAAUAUUCGAAAAGCAGUGGUUCAAUCGACUAUGGGUCGUACAGGAGGUAGUUCUUACGAAGCGGGCCCUGCUGCAGUUUGGCACAAAAACAAUCCGUAUGGAGCACUUCCUUAGAGUGAUGCCACUGAUGAGUAACGUGGAUGAGCUUGGCGCAAAUCAGCAAAAGUUCAACUGGAAUGCGUUACUCAACCUUGCUAAAUUUGACUCAAUUCGAAGUUGGGCCAAUAGUCCGUCUCGAUACCCACAUCUCCUAGAAUUCCUUCGCUUAACAUCCAAUUUCGAGCAUUCAAAGCCAGUCGACAGGUUAUACGCUCUCCUAGGUCUUACCACCCAGAUUGAACUCCGAGCAGACUACACCCUAAGCGUUGAAGACGUGUUCAAAAACUUCGCAAUCUGGAUACUCAGCGUGUCUCCAGAUCUUGGGAUCUUUUCCUACGCUCGCGGAAUUUCAGGGACAUUGAACGUUCCAUCAUGGGCGCCAUGUCCUGACAUGGAUAGCUUACCUAUUCCCCUUUUGCAUGCGACACACUUCAAAGCGUCUGGAGAGGAAAACAACGAUACCUGGAGACUUGGUAAAGGUCACGCCCUCCACUUAAGGGGCAGAGUCAUAGACACUGUGUUCAGCAAGGUGGAUAUGCUGGUAAAUGCAGCGACUGAGGACGGGAAACGAAAAUCUCUGCUCCAAUGUGCCCAUAUUGCUCGAGGCGCUAGCGACAGCGAUAGUGAUAUCACGCUGAACGAUGAGAGAUACGGGAAGUUCUGCGCCGCGAUGACCUUUCAAUUGACUCUACAGGCCGAAAAGGCACUAAUCAAGUAUGCUGAGUGGUUCAAAAUCUACUUUGAAGCAAUGACUAAACAUUCAGGCCAGCGAAGGCGCGACCCGCGAGUGGGAACAGGUACGUUAGUCAACGUGUUGAUUAACAGUUGGCCUCAGCAUCGUCGUUUCUGCUUGACGAGUAACGAUCGCUUCGCAUGGAUUCCACGGCUAGCAAAAAUGGACGACAAGAUAUGCAUCAUCCGCGGCGCUCGUGUACCACUUGUUCUACGUCCGCGUCCGGAUGGAAGAUUCUCUUUGGUUGGCGAAUGCUGGAUUCAAGGGCUUAUGGAAGGGGAAGCACUCAAUCUUCCUGGAUUUGAGUGGGAAGAUCUCUGCUUAAUCUAAACCCGGGCAUGGACAGACAAAAAGUCUUGUUUAGAUGCGGCAUAUUGCUCUCUCAUCAACUGUAAUCUACGCUCCGGUCUACGACGAGAAUCAUAGUCUG